AUGCUGGGUCAUCCCUUGUCCCAGUCGUCUGUGCAGAAAUCCACCAUGCAUGCCACAGAUCCCUGCAAAGCAGGAUAUAUUCCAGGAGGCAAGUUGGAGAAGUUAGUCGACCAUUUGGUGCCUUCCUUGCUCUUUGGCGAUGCCUCCUUUAUCCCCGUAUUUCUGGGGACCUACCGGACUUUUUCAACCCCCCACCAAGUACUGAGCCUACUGUUCAAUCGGGUAGCCAGUACUGUGGGUGUUGCUGGGAGUUACCCCCUCUCUCAUGAAGAGAGAUAUGGCUCUUUUGCUGAUCGUCACGAUGAGGAGGCAGGAGCGCAGGAGCAGCUUCAACAAGCCUUCUCAUUCAUCCUGGGUUCCUGGAUGAAGGAAUACCCAGAAGACUUUCUUCAAGCACAGGAUGCGACUUGCUUAAAUCAGCUAGUCCAGUACCUACACCACAAUAUGCCCGGGUCCCUGGAGGAGCGUCAGGCCCGCCGUCUGCUCACCCAGCUGGAGCACAUGCAUGCCAAGCAGCCUGAGCUGGAGGGACAUGCUGUGGAGCUCCAGCAUGAGCCACUGGGAGAUGGAUAUUCUGGCUCCCCUGCACCAUCUUUGAUGGAGCCAUCUGCAGGAGGGGUGACAUGCAGCUCUGUGCCUGGGUCACCUAGCCCAGUGGCACCAACAACUUCAGCGCCAGGAAUCCAAGCAGCAGGCCAUGCAGGAGGAGAGACCAUGUCAGUGUUCCCUCCAGAGUUCCAGCCACCUCAGGGCAAGGCUGAACCAAUUGCAACAUGCACUCCAGCACUGGAAGCAUGUGCCGUUCAGCCAGUGGUUCCCCAGGCCAUUACAUCAUAUAACACAGGGCCAGAGCUAGAGGACCCAGGCCAUGCAGAAGGAGAGGCCAUGUCAGUGUCCACUCCAAAGUACCAGCCACCUCAGGGCAAGGCUGAACCAAUUGCAACAUGCGCUCCAGCACUGGAAGCAUGUGCCGUUCAGCCAGAGGCUCCCCAGGCGAUUGCAUCAUAUAACACAGGGCCAGAGCUAGAGGACCCAGGCGAUGGAAGACUGGACUCUGCUCUGGGUCCUUGUGUGGAGCAAGAGGAGUCUUGCUCGCUUGCUGGAGAGGCCGCCUGCCUUCCUCCUCCUGAUGAGGAACCAGAGCCAUCUGCACGAGAGCCUCUACCCACCACCCUGGAUGUGGCAGCCGUCCCAACUGCACACCUAGACAUGGAUGCCACAGAUUCAGGAGGUGACUCGGAUGCAGCUGGUGCCAUGGAUGCACAGCACGAUCUGCCAGUGGCUGAUGAGACCCAUCCUGCUCUGCUCUGUGCUGCAGAGCCAGAGCCCGCUCCACGUCCAGCUCGAGAGGCAGACAUGCCUGCUGAAGUAGAGCCAGCUCCCAGGGAGUUCCUGGACCUGGAGGAUUUUCAGGUUUCUUCCAGGGAGCCGUCGCAGAUUUCCAUGAAGGAUUUUGAAAAUGACCUGACCCGAGCACACGUGCUGGAGUGGCUGCCUGAGCUGAAGGCAGAGCAGUUCUCCCUCAUGGCAGUGGAGCUCUUCAAGAAGCUCAAGCCUUACCACUGCCUGCACUACGUACGAGCAGACCCCAACGAUGAGAGACAGGAGCACCUGGCACCCACUGUGCUUGCCAUACUGAAGCACUGCGACCAGGUGGCCAGCUGUGUCAUUACCACCUGUCUGGGGGACCACAGUGUGCAGGCUGCAGAGAGGGCUGAGGUGGUGGAACACUGGAUAGAGGUGGCCUUGGAGUGCCAUCUGCUGAGGAAUGUCUGCUCCCUCUUCGCAGUACUCUCUGCUCUGCAGAGCAGCCCUCUCCAAGGCCUGAAGAGGACGUGGAGAGCUGUGUCCAGGGACAGUCUCGCGGUCUUCAAGGAGCUGAAGAGGAUGUUCUCCAAGGAGACAAUUUACAAGGGGCGACCAUCCAAAUAUAUGGCCAUUUGGAAGAAACUCAGGAGAAGCCAGAGGAAACCGAAGGAACUGGACUAUCCCGAGGGCACGGUCCCUCACCUGGGCACCAUCCUCACACACCUGGCCUCACUGCAAAAAGACAAGGAUUCCAAGAAUGGCACUUGGAUAUCCAUGAAACAAAGACGAGAGGAGUUCAAGGUGAUGUCCCUCAUCAAGGAACUGCAGGGCACGUGUCACGAGCUCCAUGUGGUUCCUGAGGUGAACUUUGUGUCAUGGUUCACCAAUCUGAAACGCCUCAGUGAAACUGAAUGUGCCAAGCUGUCUAUGGAGCUGGAGCCUCCCGUCAGGGCAGGCUUCCUGGACAGGAACCCCAGGUGGAGUCCUCUCAUGAGGAAGCCCUCAAGACAACAGCUCAGCAGAGAUGGCAGCUCCCAGUUGAAGACAAGUGACCGGCUCCGCAGUGGGACUAGCAGCGCUCCACCCACCGUGCAGCUGGGUUACUCACCCCGUCCUUGCUGCCACUGCUAUCGUUUGUACCAGUCUGCCCCAAACAUCUACAGGUCAAAGAUACUUCAAGAAUACGAUGGAAUCUUGCCACUCCUGAGCCCCCAGACCUUCAGGAGAGUUGGCCAGGAGGAGAUAACCUAA